GACAGCUACCCGGGCAGGCGCGGUGCGACCUGGGGCGGAGGCGAAGGACGCCGUGCAGGUCCGGACGGGCCCUCCCCUCGCCGCCCGCGCUCCUUUCGGCGCCGCCGCGACGCCGGCCGGGACUCCGUUUCCCAGAGGGCGGCGCGGAGGGAGGACACGCCCACUUCCGGCGGCGGCGCGCGGCCCGGCUGCCGGCGGCUCGGGGGGUCCCGGGCUCGGCCGGGCGGGGCCCGCUGGGUGCCCGCGUUCCCGGGGGUGACAUGCGGGGCGCGGGGGCCCACGGGCUGGGGUCGCCGCGGCGGCGAAGCGCCCCCCGCACAGAGCCCGGGGCGGGCCGAGGCCGGGCCGCGGGGCCCCCGGUGGCCUUGGCCCUCGCUGCCCGGGGAAGGCCGCGCGCACGGAGUGGCCUCACGCCCAGGGGCCGGCGGGGCGCGGCGGCUGCGGGGCCUGAGAGUGGAGCUCUGCCUUCUAGAGACAGGGCCCUUGUCCAGGAGAGGAGGCACAAGCAGCAGGCGGCAGGGACAGGAAUUGCACAGCAAGCCACAUCCCAGAGCUUGGUGACAUUUGGGGAUGUGGCUGUGGAGUUCUGCCCAGAAGAGUGGGCGUGGCUGGACUCUGCUCAGAGGAGUCUGUACAGGAGUGUGAUGCUGGAGAACUACAGGAGCCUGGCCUCUCUGGGACUUUGUGUUUCUAAGCCCGAUAUGAUCUCCUCAUUGGAGCAGAGGAAGGAGCCCUGGGCCUUGAAGAGAGAGUUUACACGAGGCCGGUGCCCAGACUCAGAUGCUUUGCCAAAGACCAAGGAGUUAUCUUCAAAGAAGAACUUCUGUGAAGAAAAGUCACCCCAGGAGGUGCUGAUGGAGAGGCUCACAAACGGCAGCCCGCAGCGCUCCAUCCUCGGGGAAGACCGGUGUUACGAUGCUCUGUUUGAGAGGCAGCCGGGCUUGGUGGCCAUCACAAACCAGCAGCCAGAACCAGCCAGGAAAGGUCUCUGUAAGAACGUGGUGUGGGAGGACCAUGACCUCAGGGCAGUAGGACGCCGUGUGUCUGAGCCAGGCCUGGUCUCUUUGCUGGACCUCGGGAAGGAGCCCUGGAUGGUGAAGGGAGAGCUGGCGAGAGGCCCGUCCCCAGGCCAGCAGUCUAUACAUGAGACCCAGGAGUUAUUUCCAAAGCAGGAUUCAUUUGCUGAAGUGGUAACGGACAGAACUUCAGACACUCACCUGGAGUGUUCCACCCUCAGAGGAAACUGGGAUUCCCAGGGUCUGUUUGAGAGGAAGCUGGCGGGUCAGGAGACGCAAUUCGGGCAGGAGGCAGUCACUCACAAGAAAAUCCUCUCUACGGAAAGAGAGUGUCCGUAUAACAGAUCUGGAAGAUGGUUCCACUUGGACGUUGCAGAAGAGAGAGUUCACUGCCGUGAUUCUGUUAAGAAAACUUUCCCCCCGCAUUCAGUGGUAAUAAAACAUGCAGGAAUCUAUGCAGGGAAAAAACUUUUCAAAUGUAACGAAUGUAAGAAAACCUUCACCCAGAGCUCAUCCCUCACCGUCCAUCAGAGAAUUCACACUGGGGAGAAGCCCUAUAAGUGUAAGGAAUGUGGAAAGGCCUUCAGCGACGGCUCGUCCUUUGCCCGCCAUCAGAGGUGUCACACGGGCAAGAAGCCCUAUGAGUGUGUGGAAUGUGGGAAAGCCUUCAUACAGAACACAUCCCUCAUCCGUCACUGGAGGUAUUAUCACACUGGGGAGAAACCCUUUGACUGCAUCGACUGUGGGAAAGCCUUCAGUGAUCACAUCGGACUCAAUCAGCACCGGAGAAUUCAUACUGGAGAAAAGCCCUACAAAUGUGAUGUGUGUGACAAAUCCUUUAGGUAUGGCUCAUCCCUGACUGUGCACCAAAGGAUUCACACUGGAGAGAAACCAUACGAAUGUGACGUGUGUAGAAAAGCCUUCAGCCAUCAUGCCUCACUCACUCAGCACCAAAGGGUGCAUUCUGGAGAGAAGCCUUUUAAAUGUAAGGAAUGUGGGAAGGCCUUUAGGCAGAACAUACACCUUGCUAGUCACCUGAGGAUUCAUACUGGAGAGAAACCCUUCGAAUGUGGAGAGUGCGGUAAGUCCUUCAGCAUCAGUUCACAGCUGGCCACCCAUCAGAGAAUUCAUACUGGAGAGAAGCCCUAUGCGUGUAAGGUUUGCAGCAAAGCUUUCACCCAGAAGGCUCACCUGGCACAGCAUCAGAAAACUCACACGGGAGAGAAACCCUAUGAGUGUAAGGAGUGUGGGAAGGCCUUCAGCCAGACUACACACCUUAUUCAACACCAGAGAGUUCACACUGGAGAGAAACCCUAUAAGUGCGUGGAAUGUGGGAAGGCCUUUGGCGACAACUCCUCCUGCACUCAGCACCAGAGGCUUCACACUGGCCAGCGGCCCUAUGAAUGUAUAGAAUGUGGGAAGGCAUUCAAGACAAAAUCAUCCCUCAUCUGUCACCGCAGAAGUCACACUGGGGAGAAACCUUAUGAGUGUACCGCAUGCGGCAAAGCUUUCAGUCAUCGGCAGUCCCUUAGCGUCCAUCAGAGGAUUCAUUCUGGAAAGAAACCGUAUGAAUGCAAGGAAUGCAGGAAAACCUUCAUCCAAAUCGGACACCUCAAUCAGCACAAACGGGUGCACACGGGAGAGAGACCCCAUAACCACAAGAGAAGCAGAAAAGUCUUCAGGCAGAGCACGCACUUUGCACAUCAGAGAAUCCACACUGGAGAGUCAUCCGCACGCCCCUCUUUACCUCCCACGUCAAGUCCUGUGGAUCUGUUACCCAAGUUUCUCUGGAAUCCACCCUCACUCCCAUCACUGUAGUCCCAAGACGUCAUUGUUCAGAUAGACUACUCUAGCAGUUUACAAACUCUCUCUGUUCUUUCUGUACUGUUCUGUUUUUGUCCUGUCCAAGUUUGUUCUUCACGUUGCAGUUAGGAUGAUUUUUAAGUGAAAAUGGAACUCAUUAUUUACUUUUCAUGUAAACACUUCUGUUGAGACCCUUCAAAGUGGUUAACGCAUAAGACUUCUGUAGCACAGUGGCUGGUCCACAUUAAGCGUUCAGUAGUGUUAGCUCUUUAAAAACAUUAUUUUUGGACAUUGAAAAGUUACCAUAGGCAACUCUGACCGAAAAUGACGCAUAGACUGAAGCCGAGAGGAGCCGGGUUUUAUUAGAUCAGGAACAGGCGUUUCAGGAUAGUCAGUGAGGCUUUGCCUCUGUUGGUUUAAAAUUUCGUUCCAUAAUGUUGAGUUAGUAUUGUAGCUUUUCAUUUACCUGCAUAAAGUGUAAGGUGCUGUGGCCUUGUUGGUGAGAAAAUUAUGACAGUCUUAGAAACUGUGUAGAGAACGUGGAUGAGCAGGCCACCUGGAAGAAAAGAACUGAAAUGAUCAGAGGAAAAGACAAGGUUUAUAUGCAUUGAGUUUAAACUUCUGACAUGUUACUCAAGAAUUAGAAAGUCUGGCAAGAUUUGAUCAUUUACGGUCACCUGGGCUUAUGCAUGAAUUCCAUUAAACUUUCAAGGAACCGCUAACUUUGAGGCAAAGUAAUCUGGGCUGUGAUUCACUGCCAGAGUCUCACUGACUGUCGUUGUACAACCAUGAUCUGAUUUUUAAAAAAUAUUUUAAUGGAGGAACAAGUGAAAAGAAUAAUAAUUUACGACAACAUGAAAUUAUAUGAAAUUUAGAUUUCAUUGUCCGUAAAUAAAGUCUUAUUGGCUCACAGCCAUGCUCGUUUGUUUA